AUGGAAUGUUCCAGUAAAAUGAUCAUAUGGACAGAAAUACGGAUGUACUGCGAACAACUUUCAGAUGAUUUAGUAGUGACGCCAUCAAAAUUAAAUGGAACAACAAUGACCGUGCCACUGAGUUCUACUUCUCCGAGUAUGCACAGUUGUGAUAACUGCACCUCUACAACAAAUGAUACCUGUCACGGAUGCUUGCUGGAAAAUCAACAGACUGUCGAGAACAGCACCGACACAACCAACUCAGAAACAUCAAUGCUACUAACCAAGAAAGAAAUAGAUAUCGUAGAACCAUCAAUUGUUGCUGAUCCAAUUUGCGCGUAUUGUCAGAAUUAUGAAAAUAUAGAUGAUAAAGCCGUUUGUGAAAAAAAGUUCUGUACUGGUUACAGUAUUAAAUAA